ACCUAGACGUCAUCACAACAGGAAGUAUCAGAGACUGGGCAAUAACGUUGUCGGUGUAUGUGUAUGUGUAUGGCCAGAGCACUGUGGCUGGAAAAAAAAAAUGUGUGUACUGUAAGUCAGUGUGUCUGAAGAGACACGGUUCCCCUUCUGCCAGCGCCCAUGGACGACGCCCAGGAACAACACACCCCCAUUAGGAACAAAUAAAUCCGACGGGCGAGCCUGUUCCCUCGGUUCAUCUCGGUGGACAGUUCACCUAUGAUGGAACGGGCGAUGGAGCAGCUCAACGUACAGCUCAGUCGGCUGACCCGUUCCCUUCGCCGGGCCAGGACCGUGGAACUCCCAGAAGACAAUGAGACUGCAGUGUACACACUUAUGCCAAUGGUCAUGGCUGACCAGCACAGGUCAGUGUCAGAGUUGCUGCUCAACUCAAAGUUUGAUGUGAACUACGCCUUUGGACGGGUCAAGAGAAGUCUGCUACACAUCGCUGCCAACUGUGGGUCAGUGGAGUGUCUGGUUCUGCUGCUGAAGAGAGGAGCCAACCCAAACUACCAGGACAUCUCAGGCUGUACCCCUCUGCACCUCGCUGCCAGGAAUGGACAGAAGAAGUGUAUGGGCAAACUACUGGAAUACAAUGCUGAUGUCAACAUCUGCAACAAUGAGGGACUGACCGCUAUCCAUUGGUUGGCAGUGAAUGGGAGGACGGAGCUCCUUCAUGAUCUGGUCCAGCACGUGUCCAACGUGGAUGUGGAGGAUGCCAUGGGGCAGACAGCUCUACACGUAGCCUGUCAGAACGGACACAAAACUACGGUGUUGUGUCUCUUGGACAGUGGAGCUGACAUCAACCGGCCGAACAUCUCUGGAGCCACGCCUCUGUACUUUGCCUGCAGCCAUGGCCAAAGAGACACAGCGCAGAUCCUGCUCUCUCGUGGUGCCAAAUACCUCGCUGACAAGAAUGGAAUCACUCCUCUGGAUCUUUGUGUGCAGGGUGGAUAUGGGGAGACCUGUGAGAUCCUCAUCCAGCACCACAGCAGACUUUUCCAGACCCUCAUCCAGAUGACACAAAAUGAUGAAAUGAAAGAGAACAUGCUCAGGCAGGUUCUGGAGCAUGUCUCUCAGCAGAGAGACAGUCAUUACCAGAGGAUCCUGACCAGUCUUGCUGAAGUAGCUACCACCAAUGGACACAAGCUUCUCAGCCUGUCCAGCAGUUAUGAAGCUCAGAUGAAGAGUCUGCUGAGAAUCGUUCGUAUUUUCUGCCAUGUGUUCCGCCUGGGGCCUUCUUCACCCAACAACGGCAACGACAUGGGCUACAAUGGCAACAAGACGCCUCGCAGCCAGGUCUUUAAGAUGUGUGCGAGACAGAUGGCUGUGGAGACGGUACAAAAAGAUGAAUGUCCUUGGACAGGUUCUGCUGUCUUUGAUCCAAUGGAGCUGCUGUGGCACUCCCUGGACGAGUGGCUGGUGCUUAUCUCCACAGAGCUGGACAGGAACAGGAAGAACCCUUCCUCCUCCUCCAGCAGCAGCGAAAUAGCCUCGCUGCUGCUCAAACAGCGGGAGGUCGACCACUCCGGCUCCACGCCGAAGCUGCCCUCCUUGCUGGACGCUCAGACCGUCAUGGAAACAGAGGUGUACGCCGAUGGGGAGGACGUCAUCUCCAUGACAGCCAGUCGGCUCAGUGCUGUGAUCCAGGCCUUCUAUAUGUGCUGCUCCUGUCAGAUGCCACAAGGAAUGACGUCCCCUCGCUUUAUUGAGUUUGUCUGCAAGCAUGACGAGGUGCUCAAGUGUUUUGUAACCAGGAAUCCAAAGAUCAUCUUUAACCACUUUCAUUUCCUCCUGGAGUGUCCAGAGUUGAUGUCACGCUUCAUGCACAUUAUUAAAGGCCAGCCCUUCAAAGAUCGCUGCGAGUGGUUCUAUGAGCAUCUGCUGGCCGGCCAGCCGGACUCAGACAUGGUUCAUCGUCCGGUCAACGAGAACGACAUCCUGCUCAUCCACAGAGAUUCCAUAUUCAGGAGUAGCUGUGAGAUGGUUUCCAAGUCCACCAAUGAGAAACUCAAACAGGGCAUCGCUGUUCGCUUCCAUGGCGAGGAGGGGAUGGGCCAGGGUGUGGUUCGGGAGUGGUUUGACAUCCUGUCCAAUGAGAUCAUCAACCCAGACUAUGCUCUGUUCACUCAGUCAGCUGAUGGUACCACUUUUCAGCCGAACAGUAACUCCUCGGUGAACCCAGACCAUCUGAACUACUUCCAGUUCGCAGGUCAGAUCCUAGGUCUGGCUCUGUACCACCGACAGCUGGUCAACAUCUAUUUCACCCGCUCCUUCUACAAACACAUUCUGGGUAUCCCAGUGAACUACCAGGACGUGUCGUCCAUCGAUCCAGAGUAUGCCAAGAACCUGCAGUGGAUCCUGGACAACGACAUCAGUGAUCUGGGUCUGGAGCUCACCUUCUCCGUAGAGACGGACGUGUUCGGGGCGAUGGAGGAAAUGCCGCUCAAACCCGGAGGGACCAGCAUCCUGGUCACCCAGGACAACAAGGCUGAGUACGUCCAGCUGGUGACGGAGUUGAGGAUGACGCGAGCCAUCCAGCCUCAGAUAAACGCCUUCCUGCAAGGAUUCCACACCUUCAUCCCCCCCUCGCUCAUCCAGCUUUUUGACGAAUACGAAUUGGAGCUCCUGCUGUCAGGGAUGCCAGAGAUCGAUGUGCAGGAUUGGUACAGGAACACUGAGUACACCAGUGGCUACGACCCUCAGGAGCCAGUCGUCCAGUGGUUCUGGGAGGUGGUGAACAGCCUGACCCAGGAGGAACGGGUUCUUCUGCUUCAGUUUGUCACUGGAAGUUCCAGGGUUCCUCAUGGUGGCUUUGCCUACCUGAUGGGUGGCAGUGGUUUACAGAAGUUCACCGUUGCUGCAGUGCCAUACACCUCUAACCUACUGCCUACCUCUAGUACCUGUAUCAACAUGCUAAAACUCCCAGAAUACCCGAGCCAGGAGGUCCUGAGAGACCGGCUGCUGGUCGCGCUGCAUUGUGGGAGCUACGGUUACACCAUGGCGUGAACAUCCUAUCAGUUCCUGCUGCUUUGAGGUUCUGCAGACUCCUGCAACACUCCUUCCUCCUCCACAGACACUCUUUUUUGUAGUCAGGCGCUGCUUUUGCUGGACAAAAAAAAAAAAAAAAAGAGAGAAGG